AUGCCGGCCUUCCUCGCAAAGUUGCGCAGACACAGCAGUCGUCGCUCCAAUGCUUGCGCAACUGAUCAAUCCGCCGAAGCACCUCCUCCAGUUCCCCAGCACCCGCACAAUGGCCACAACGCCCACAAUGGCAAUGCCCUGGCGCAUCAUACUUCUGCUUCUACUCUGAACUCCUCUCAGGUCGGAACACCUUCACCCUCGACCACUCCAGCCACAUCGACGACCGAAGAUGUUUCCACACACCCAAACGAGCAUCACAAUGGGCCUACUCCGCUCCCCACUCGUCCACAACGUCCUAGUGUCGAUCCUGUGAAGCGCUACAGCAUGAGUGGCCUGUCCUCGCCCACUUCUCCCAAUGGCUCCCUUAACAAGGCUUCGCUACUCACACCACGCGUGACUUCGAUUUCGGAUAACACAUGGGUUCGUGGUCCUGCUUGGGUGCCAUACACAGUGCUAAUCACGCUCCAGGUCAACCAACAACUUCUGCUCAUCUCUGGACAGAUUGGCGAAGCCCAUGCAAGACCUCUCGACGGCACGAUCACGGUUAAUCACCAUCUCGGCCGCUUCCCGUCUACUCAUUGGCCAGUGCAUGAUUCCUUUUUUAAAGUCUUGGUGCAUCUGGAGCCUGGCUGUAACCGACUUCGUCUAGACUUCAGUUCGCCCAAGAUCUCAAUGCCCAACACAUCUAUUCCCUCACACGCUACCACCGUGGUGAUCAACUACCUGCCACUCACGCAGAACCCACCAUUGCAACUCGCCAUCAUCCUCGGCAGUGACUCGGAAGCCACAUACGACGCGCCACCCGAACGUGUACAGCGAGAAGGAAAUAAUUUGGACGUGGCUGUCAAGAAGUACCGCAUGUCUGCCUACCUCUGGCAAGCAUUCAUGGGCGAGCAAAUGAAUCGGCAUGGUUUCAUUCGACGUUGCUUCCGCUUCGAAGAUUGCUGGGAGCCUGGGACGCUGAGCAAUGCCGACUGGGCGACCAAGCAGCAUCGGACCCAGGCCAAGGUACACAUUAUUCGCUCGAAUAAGACGGUUGCCGAAAUCAGGGAUCUGGAAGUGGCUCAACAACAUGGACCAGCAACAAGAAAGGGCGAAUUAUUCGCAUUUGCUCUGGAGAAUUGCAAUAGUUACUUCAGAAUUCAGCCAGGGCAAAAACGCUAUGUUGCCUGCAUGUUCCUUGACACACAAUGGGAUACCUCGGUGAAGACGAUUCGAGGCCACGCGGCACUGGGUGGUGGAGAUGGAAAUCUGCAACUGGCCAUCUUCGGCUCGCACGCAUUGCACAGCUAUCCUGCGUGCAUUGAGGAAGUGCAUCCGGCUUUCACUGACUGCACACGAACAGACACGGCUUUUGUUGCCAACGACUGCAACGAGUCCGGUAGUAACUGGGAGGCGGCCAAUAUAGGCAUCGGUGCCCACAUGCACGAGGUAGGUCAUUUGUUCGGCUGUCCUCAUCAGGAGUCUGGCGUCAUGCUACGCGACUACGUUACGCUGAACCGCACGUUUGUCUGUCGUGAACCGUAUGCGACGCGCACAAAAUCACCGGGUCAGCGCCUGAUAUUACCAAGCGAUGAAUGCGGGUGGCACAGACUAGAUGUGUUACGUUUCCGGUUCCACCCAUGCUUCCGACUUCCACUUGACAAUCCCGAAAUUAAUGGAGACGGGAGUGUGCAGGUGUGGACGGUCGAUAGCGGGCAAGGCGGAGUCAUUGCAACGUCAAGGUCUGGCAUUGCUUGGAUCGAGCUGUAUCCUGAAGGAGAUGGUGAAUGUCACUACUGGCAAGAGUAUCUGGGACCAGAGAAGCCAUGUCCCACACAAAUCACGCUCGAAGAGGGUGCCAUCCGAGCCAUGUUGCCUAGGGAGAAACAAAAGACACGACUGAAGAUUCAAGUCUAUUCUGCGGGUGGAAGCUCACACGUCAUUGAAGACUUUGGUCGACUUGCAAACCAGAAGCUGGCGCGUGUGAAGCUACCAGAUGGCCGAUGGGGCUACCGCGGAAGCAAAUUGGGGUAUUCUCAAAUGCAAGGCUCUGAACCACAGGAGAUGAUACUUGAGAGUGCCUACAUUCAAACGAAGCUUCUCCUUACUAUCAAAAUUUACCACGGCUUUGCGGUAGACGGCCUCGAGUUCUUCUACGAAGAUACAACAAGUCAGCUCUUCGGCAGGCGAGGAGGUAGCACUUCUGUAUUCCACCUGGAUACACGAAAGGGCGAGCUAUUGUUGGGAUUUGCUCUUCGUGCAGGGCUCUGGAUUGAUGGCAUACAAAUAUUGACUAAUCUAGGCAGGAAGAGCGAUUGGUAUGGCAACGCCAAUGGUGGUAGUGGACAUACUCUGGUGCCUCCUCGCGGUUACACUAUUGGUGGCCUGUCAGGCUCUUGCGCUCAAUGGCUCGAUGGCUUUGCCUUGAUCAUCACCCGUUGA